UGCCAGCACUAGCAUGCAAUUGUGUGCGCACAACUUGUUAUUUUAUUAAAUAAUCCAAUCCGCCCGACGCGAUCGGUUUCUGAGCUGGCCCCCAUUGUACCGAGACCCGAGUGUAGCAAAUAACGGCGCAGAGAUGUCUCUGAAUCUACAGUACGAGGAUAUUGGCAAGGGAUUUGUACAACAAUAUUAUUCGAUAUUCGAUGACCCGGCGAAUCGGGCGAACGUGGUGAACUUUUACAGCGCCACCGAUUCCUUCAUGACAUUUGAAGGCCAUCAAAUACAGGGAGCACCCAAGAUACUCGAGAAGGUUCAGAGCUUGAGCUUUCAAAAGAUCAACCGUGUAAUAACCACUGUGGAUUCGCAGCCAACCUUUGACGGUGGUGUGAUUAUAAAUGUUCUUGGUCGAUUGCAGUGCGACGAUGAUCCACCACAUGCCUUCUCUCAGCUGUUCGUGCUGAAGGCCAAUGCCGGCACCUUCUUUGUGGCCCACGACAUCUUCCGACUUAAUAUCCACAAUUCUGCCUAAGGGGCACACCACACCAACACACACACACUCUGCUGAACAAAAAUCUAUGAUAUAUAUUCACAACGCAAAACUGCAACACUCAACCACACACACCCAAAGAUGGAGCAAAUGACGAAGCUGUAACAACUGGCUUCCAGGCGACUCAAUAAGCAGAAAGUGUUCUCACGUUUAUCAACAGUGGAAAACUAAACAAAACAAAACAUAAAGAAAGAAAAAAAACAACAAAAACACACACAAUAAACAAAAAUUAAAUGCUAACUAUUAUUACGAUGUAAACAAAAUGAGCGACGAGCUCGGAAUUUACCUUUAUUUGUUUGUUUUCUCUUACCCCAGUUUUGUGUCGUCGUCGUCCCCUUACCCCGGUACUCUGGAUUUGUGGGGAUUUCGACAACAUAUUUAGCUAGAAUUAUGAAUUAUUAUGAAAUUUGAAAUGGAAUGGAAUGUGUGUGGUAUGUUCUGUGAGUGCUCAAGUUUGUAGCAAGAAAUGUUUUCGUUAUGUUUUUUGUAUUUUUCUGCACACAUCAAAAUACAUUAUAGUAAUUCAACGAAAUAA